CUUCUCCCUCCCUUGGCCGGGGGCUGGGCUAGUGGUGGCGCAGCGGACGCUGCCGCCGCGCCGUGACGCAGCCAGAGAGGCUGGGCCUUCCCCUCCUCCGCCGCCCAACGGUGACAGCUCCGGGGAGGUAGCGAGCGCCGCUGUCUUGUCGGGGGCUCCGGUCGCCUCGCUCGCCGCCAGGGACCCGGGAGCAGUCGGCGUUGCUGCUGGCCAUGGUCCCCCGCCCGCCGCAGGAGGGGCAGGAGCAGAAGCGGCGGCCGCAGCCGCCAUUGCGAGCCGGGGCGGCGGGAGUAUGAAGGAUGGAAGCGGACGAGGUGACAAUUCGUGAGCAGAACUUCCACAGCCAAGUGCGGGAGUACACGAUCUGUUUUCUCCUAUUUGCUGUUCUCUACAUAGUUUCCUAUUUUGUAAUCAGAAGAUACAAAAGGAAAGCAGAUGAGCAGGAGGAUGAAGAUGCCAUUGUCAACAGAAUUUCGCUGUUUUUGAGUACCUUCACUCUUGCAGUUUCAGCUGGUGCCGUCCUGCUUCUACCUUUUUCAAUAAUCAGCAAUGAGAUCCUGCUUUCUUUUCCACAAAACUACUAUAUUCAGUGGUUAAAUGGCUCUCUAAUUCAUGGUUUGUGGAAUCUUGCUUCCCUUUUUUCCAAUCUUUGUUUAUUUGUGUUGAUGCCCUUUGCCUUCUUCUUUCUGGAAUCAGAAGGAUUUGCUGGCUUAAAAAAGGGGAUCAGAGCACGUAUUUUGGAAACACUUGUUAUGCUUAUUCUUCUUGGGCUGCUUAUCCUUGGAAUAGUGUGGGUGGCUUCAGCUCUCAUUGACAAUGAUGCUACCAGUAUGGAGUCUUUGUAUGAUCUUUGGGAAUUCUACCUCCCUUAUUUAUAUUCCUGUAUAUCGCUGAUGGGAUGUUUAUUACUUCUCUUAUGCACGCCGGUGGGGCUUUCACGAAUGUUUACAGUGAUGGGUCAGUUGCUGGUGAAGCCAACAAUCCUUGAAGACCUGGAUGAACAGAUAUACAUCAUCACCUUAGAGGAAGAAGCAAUCCAGAGGAGACUAAAGGGUAUGUCUUCUACUAUGGAGUUCAAUACAGUGGAGCUGAGACAGGAACUUGAAAAUGUGAAGAGCAUGAAAACAAAAUUAGAGCGGAGAAAAAAAGCUUCUGCAUGGGAGAGGAAUUUAGUGUAUCCAGCUGUUAUGAUACUGCUGCUCAUUGAGACAUCCAUCUCAGUUCUCUUAGUUGCCUGCAACAUUCUUUGCCUGUUGAUUGAUGAGACUGCAAUGCCAAAGGGAUCAGGGGGGCCUGGAAUAGGAAGUGCCUCCCUAUCCACUUUUGGUUUUGUGGGAGCAGCACUUGAAAUCAUUUUGAUUUUCUAUCUUAUGGUAUCCUCUGUCGUCGGCUUCUAUAGUCUUCGCUUUUUUGGAAAUUUCACUCCCAGGAAGGAUGACACAACUAUGACAAAGAUAAUUGGAAACUGUGUGUCAAUCUUAGUGCUCAGCUCUGCUUUGCCAGUGAUGUCAAGAACACUGGGAAUUACCAGAUUUGAUCUGCUUGGAGACUUUGGAAGGUUUAACUGGCUGGGAAAUUUCUACAUUGUGUUAUCUUACAAUUUGCUCUUUGCUAUCAUGACAACUCUAUGUCUGGUCAGAAAGUUCACCUCUGCUGUGCGAGAAGAGCUCUUCAAAGCAUUAGGUUUAGAUAAACUUCAUCUGUCGAACAAUGCAAGAGACUCUGAGACGACAAAGCCUUCUGCAAAUGGGCAUCAGAAAACACUGUGAGAAGCAAUCAUCUUCAAUCAAUAAAGCUGAAAACUUCAACCUCAUGACAUUCCUGUCAUCUUCAUCAAAAUGUCUUUGUAUUAAUUUCAUUUGUUAAUUUUGGGUCCAACCUUCUCUCACUUUUCACACUGUGUAUUUCUGAGAAACCAAGCUACUUCCGAUUCUACAAUUUCUGAUUUGUUUUGGUCCAUUUUGUAUACUCCCCAGUCAGUUUAUGCAGGAGGUGCCUUGAAGACUGGAAGCUGAGAAAAAAAAUGAAUUCGUGGUUGGACAGAGUCUCAUGUUUCUAGAUAUGAUGCCCUACUACCAUGUUAAGUGCACAAUACCUCCUCUAUGAUAUAAAUACAAUGCUGGUGAACAGCUCUGAGACUUGGAAAGAAAGGGUACAUUUGAAGCCCAAUAUAACCCUAAUUAGGAAUGUUUAGGUGUCUUUAACAGCAAGUCACACUUCUUUUCUACUAAGAAUUCAUUAAAAAAUUGAAGUAAUUUGGAGAGAUCACUGUUAGUUUCAUACAGGAUUCACAAGGCUGUAUGUAACGUUUGGCAUCAUGAAGCACUCUUACAGACCCAGUAUUGUAGGUUUUUCAACGACAGAAGGUAAUUUUCUUCAGUGGUAAUCAGAAGGUGUCUCAUCAAGACUAAUGAACCACAAGAUAAAUUCUAAUGUACUUCACUGUUAAAUCUGAGCCCAGUAUGCUUUGUAGAAAGCUAUGCAGGCCUCUUAUUGUUCUAAUUCAUAUAGUACUAUCACUUACAGAAAGUGUUAUGCCAUAGAGGUCAGUUGCCCUUCAAUAUAUACACAUAUAAAAUUCUAUUAACUGUGUGUGUGUGUGUGUGUGUGAACACAAGUAGCACAGAUUUUGUCUAGUAGUCUCCAGUUGAACAGUUUCCUUAAAGGUUUUCUGAGUUAAGUCCUGAUGAUGAUAAUGCAGUAUAUUGUAGCUUAGUGGUGCAAGCCACUAUCUUUCACUAAUCUCUUCAGUCUUUAGUUUCUCUCAUAUGUCUGUACACACACACACACACACACACACAGGAAUGUUUAUAACUCAGUGCAAGCUUUUAUUUUUCACCAAUCUCUUCAAGUCUUUAGUUUCUCCUAUAUAUUAUAUAGUCCUGUCUAUCUGUAUAGAUAGUACUAUAUAGUGUGUGUGUAGUAUACUAUAUAUGUUGAAUACUAAGCUUACAGAAAUGAUGCAGUCAGUUGGGUCAGCAAAACCUCCAGUUCAGUCUUUCUUAUGAGUAUGAAGCUUUCUGCAAUGUAACAUGAUUUAGCUGCUCUGAGCCCUUAGACCCAGAAUGACACUGAUGAGGAGAAAUUCAGUAUUUUCUUUAGCAUUGCUGUAGAAUCAGACGUCCUGCAAGUAGUAUGUGACAAUCACCGGUCGCUGUUAAAAUGUGUGUACUUUUGCCUGUUGUCUAACACUGCUGCACUAACACUUGACUUGAAAAGAGGAAUUAUAAAGACAGUAAUGAGGACCAUUGCCUGUAUAUGUGUGAUCUGUAGACAGAUCAGGCAAGGUUACCAAAACAUUUUUUGGUAAGUUUAAUGUUUCUUAUUUUGUAUUUAUGUAAAACUGAAAUAUGUCCAUUUGAGGUCUGAGCCCUUACACGCAAUCAAACCAUGAUAAUGGACUAAUAUCCAGUACGAUUCUGAAACAAGUUAGUCUCUUCUGAUGUCCGGUAUCUCUCAUCUGUUCUCUUCCUGAGUAAUGUCUGAGUUCUGGCCUAUGCUUAAUGAAAUCGGAGUGAGAUGGGAGUUCAGUGGAGUGCUUCAAAAGCAAACCCCAAACAACAGCCACAAAAAUAAUGGUUUCCUGAAUUGGCCUUUUUGAAUGGAAAUUGGGCAUAAUAUAAAUACUACUGCAGUAAUUUCUGAGCUGUAUCUACUGUUUAUUAGGCUGGGUUUUGGAGAGAGUAAAAUUGCUAGUUUUCAUUGAGACUUACAAGCAUCUUUUUCUGUUGCUUACAUUUAUUGUUGAGUUUUUGGACAGCAGAAAUUUUUUUUUUCUCCAUUGAGGCAAAGUUCCAACCAAGAAGAGAUAACUACUCCUAAAUUACUUAAAAAAAAUGGAUUCACAUUAUAAACAUUAGAUGAUUUAUUAGUAAAGGCAUUGGCUCCUUGUAUCUGUUGAGAGUGUAUGGGCUUCUGCAUUAGAAGUGUAAAGAAUGAUAAUAUAAUUAUCCACUAUUUAUCUUUGGAAAUGAUAAUAUGACUAUAGUUGUACCAUAUCCGCACUGGGAGUGUGGUAAACUGUGACAUAUGAUAGGGUUAGUUAAUUUUAUAAAACAUAUUCCAGCUUUCUGUUACAUUGUGACUUUAAGGUAGUUGCCUCAGUAAGAUUUUUUUGAUCAGAUCCCCUGACGAAAUUGUCUGUAGAAAGAUCAAAAAGCAAAAAUUUCUACUCAAGUUCUGGAUGAUAUCUGCCUUAAUUUUGAUCUUUGUCCUUCUCUCAGUAGGAAUCCACAGCAGAAACUGAUUUUUUUUUUUGGAAGGGGUAUGUGGUCUGUCAAGCCAAGAAAAUAAAAAAAAGUCAAACAAUUCACCAUGCUUAUAUAUGAUUCCCCAGAAUGAAUUGUGUUUAGCGAGUGAGUUGUCUGGAGGCAAGCUCCAUUAGAUACGUUCACAAAUAGCAAGAAUGCAAGUUAUAGUAUGUAGGCAAAAAGAAGAAGAAGAAAGACUUGCAGUGUUUUCCCCCUUGUCUUAGUAUUUCUUUCCCUCCCAAAACAAACACUGCAGUUUUCUGAUUGCACUCCUUUUAUUGGGUUGUGCUUUGAAUCUUAGAGUCACAGAUCUGUAUUAGUUAAAAAGAGUACUUAAAUAAAGACACUGGUUACUGGAAAGAAGGCAAAAGUUUAGGUUAAGUGUGGUUCUCACAGUGGAUUAAUCUUCAGAGAAAAUCCAACCUUUCUCUAGCUGCUGACAGUGUCUUAAGUCUACUUUUUGUAUUUUGACACUGUCUACGUUAAAUGUCCUGAAACUGACAUUCUAUAUGCAAACUUUUUACAGAUACAGUGCUACUUUCAAACGUAAAUAUAACACCUUGGUCGUAUAUUCACAGAAGGGUAAAUUUAUUUACACAGAAGCAAUGGAGAAGUCAUUAAUAGAUAUUGACAGUGCACUUCCAGUGUUUUGUCUCAUGAAGUCAGGUGGUCUGUACCUCUUGGUGACAUCAACAUCUGCCUCAUUUUUUAUGAGGCUAAAGCACAGAGAUGCUACUAUCUGAUAAACAAGAUACAAUUUUUGUCUGAUUUAUGGUAUGUGAAUUAAGUGUCUUAAGUUAGCCACCUCUUGGCUUUCUCCUGUGUUGGUAGCACAAUAUUCAAUGCACAGUGGCAGAAUUGUUGUAAUAUGGUGGGAUUCUUAAGUGUAAGCACAUCUUCAGUAUUUACCUUUUAAGGUAAAAAUUAAACUGGUAUGAUGUUACUUUAGAAGUAACAAUUUUUGCAUUCAUAGGAAACUUUGUUUACAGAUUGUAAUGGUGUUUGUUGUUGGCCCUGUUUCUCCAAUACCUUUUACAUAGUUCACUGUUUUAGUGUCAUAGAAAUUAAAGAAUUUAACAAGAAAUUAUUUCGUGUUUUGGUUCAGAAGUACCAUAUUAAAGCUUUAAAAAUAUCACCAACCACAGGAGCUGUGGGAGUAUUAAUCCUCCAUGCUCCUGAAGCCUCUUGUAAUCAUCUACAGCUUAGAGUGCCUCCUGUGUGCUCCAUGCUGGACAAACCAGAGAAGAGGUGCUCUCUGCCCUGCAGAAUGUACAGUCUAAAUUAGAGCCGGGUAAGGCAGUCCGUCCUUACUGAAUAUACAUCACAGGACACAUGAGAAAUGCAUAGAAGGUCAAGUUUUCAAGAUGAAUUUUUAUAUCAAAUAUGUGAUGGUCUGGAUGAGUCUCUGCCAUUGUUCACAUACGUUAGGUUGAUGUCUUCCCUAUAGUAUUGUGGGGGACUUAGAAUAAACCAUUUAGUCAUAAAAUACAACCCUAGCCCUUCCUGUUCCAAAAGAAACAUAAGGAUUUAAGGCCAUUUGCUCUCAGUCUGUACUAUUUUUUCCUAGAAUUUCAUAAGUAUAACAUGAUACGCUUUAGCCCAAAUUUUCAAGAGUUUUGCAGAAAGCAAUGGAUGUAUCUGUUCUAGGCAAUUCAGUCUUGUUGCUAUUGUGGUCUAAAUAGCCAUCUUAUUGCAAAGUAUUAAGCACAAAGAGUAUCACUGAAUCUUUUCUUGUAUCUUACACGUGCUCAGAUGAAACUAGAACAUGCUGUUUUAAAAACAUACAGUAAGUAGUAUGAUUCAUACCAAGUGAUUUUACGUGCAUAAUUAGGACCAAUAUGGUUAAUUAAAAA